CGUACAGCAAAGCAAUACCAACCACCCGCGCACAUUUCAAGUUUUUCGCAAAUCCAUAUCGUAUCUCUCGCUACUAUGGAACUCGUGAUAAUAUUCGCCCUCAUCGCGGGGCAGGUAUACAGCCAGGAAGUAAACGAAACUAUCAUAAACGCUCUGCUGGAGGUAUUUUCGACAGCCUCACCCAGCACGACUACGUGUCCUCCAGGUGAACUGUGCCUACCUGGAUGGCAGCGUGUCCUUACAACUACUGAAGAUACAGGAAGUUAUAUCGAGAAAUGCGGAGAAGGCGGAACUGCGGGAAAACGGAUGUGUGUUAAUUACGAAUUCUGUGAUCCAUUGACAGACACGGUUGUGCGGACCAGGAUAGGAACUAGAAUUUCAAUAGACGUUAGAAAAAACACGAUACGAUGCGGUGACCCAUUAGAAGUAUGUUGCCAAAUACCAGAGGGAGGUUCAGGCCCUGAUGUCAACCCUAACGGCAGCUCAUCCACAACUACCGCUCGUCCUUCAAGCACCGCUUCUACCACAAGACCUUCAUUUGCUUCAAACCGUUGCGGCAUUAGAAACGAGAAUGGAAUCGACUUUACAAUCAAAGGGAAUAACAACACCCUGGCCGAGUUUGGAGAAUUCCCCUGGAUGGUGGCUCUUAUAAAGAAGAACCCCGAUCCCUCCGACGAUGAAGGAUUUUCCUUCUGCGGAGGUUCGCUGAUAAGUCCCAAUGCGGUCCUUACCGCAGGACACUGCGUCUUCAAAUACAAGUCUACUGCAGAAGAAAUUAAAGUACGUGUGGGAGAGUGGAACUCGAAACAGGCAAUUACGAAAUUCCCCUAUCAGGAAAGAAACGUCGCUAAUAUCAUCUUUUACAAGAACUAUGAACGCUCAUCGAUUUUAAAUGAUGUCGCGCUGUUAAUCCUUCAAACUCCAGUGGACAAAAAUGAACACAUCAGUACAGUUUGUUUGCCAGAUCAGGAUCAAGUCAUCGAGUCCAGGACCUGUUUCAUCAGCGGUUGGGGAGAAACUGUGGAAGAAGAAGGGAUAUAUCUAGAUAUCCUGAAAAAAAUCGAUGUUCCAAUGGUACCAGCCGGGCAGUGUCAAGAAACCUUAAGGAAAACCGUCUUGAGUCAAUAUUUUGUUCUCCAUGACAGUUUGGUUUGCGCUGGAGGAGAAGCGGGAAAAGAUGCUUGUACGGGCGACGGUGGCAGUCCUCUUGUUUGUCCUGAUCCCAGCAAUCCUAGAAGGUAUGUCCUAACAGGAAUGGUAGCCGCAGGGAUCGGAUGCGGAAGUCAAAAUGUACCGAGUGUAUACGUGAAGAUCGCCAAAUUUAGGUCCUGGAUUGAUGAGCAGAUGCGAAAACUGAACCUGGACACCAACACGUAUAUAUUGUAAUUUCUUAUAAAUCCUGUGUUCAAUACAAUAAUUCUUUAAAUUAA